AUGUUAUCCAGAAGGAUUGUUAGGGCUGCCCUUGCUGGUCCUGGACUUGGCUGCUUCGCCCGCUUGCCCAAGCGAGCAUUUUGUUCCUCCAUCAUUCGUCUUCAGGAACAACAAAAACAACAGGAAAACCAACCGACGCCAAAAGAGAGUCAGCUUCCACCCAAGAAAAGACCAUUGAGCAGAGUCGCUAUUGGCGGCUCCCAGGACUCGCGCAAAAAGUACCGCGCCGGCUCAGGAUUGGAGUUUGCUACAUGGAAAGCCGUGGUUAUCCUCUUGGUUGUCGGUGGUACCGGAACGUGGUAUUUCCAACGCGAAAAAGCGAGACUUCAGAAACAGAGAGAGAUGGAAAGCAACCGCAAGAUUGGACGUCCGCUCAUUGGCGGUCCGUUCAGUUUAGUUGAUACCAACGGCGAGAAGUUUACCGAACAGGACUUGGUUGACCCCGAAGGGAAACGGUGGAGCUUGAUCUACUUUGGCUUUUCGUUGUGUCCCGAUUGGUGUCCCGAGGAAAUCGAAAAGAUGGUCACCACCGUCAACAACUCCAAGGAGGAAGGGAUCCCAGCUCGGGCAAUCUUCAUUUCCACUGACCACAUCAGGGACUCGCCGGAGACUUUGAAGCGAUAUUUGGCGGAGUUUGACCCCAAUGUUGUCGGGUUGUCGGGAUCAUAUGAGGCCAUCAAGCACUGCUGCAAGCAGUUUAGAGUCUACUUCAGCACCCCGCCCGAAAUACCCGAGGACAAGUUCUUUUUGGUGGACCACUCGUUAUUCACCUAUCUUAUUGACCCCGAUGGGAAAUUCGUAGAGGUGUUUGGCGUUGAGACUACACCAGAGGCCAUGACCGAAAAGAUCAAAGGUUUUGCUAGUGCUUUUGUUCCCAUUGCAGAGAGAGAAGCUAAGCAAAAAAGCUGGUGGAGCAAGCUUGUUUAG